UUUUUUUUCCCUUUGGCAAAGAAUAUCAAUCCUUUGUCCUGCUCCCUAUAGCUAGUUUCUCUUUCUUUGUGCUAUCACAACGUCAAGAAAGGGUUUUUUUCAAAAUACAAUGGAUACCAACAACUGGAGGCCUAAUACUCCUAACGGAGAGCCCACCAUGGACACGGCUGAUUGGAGAACACAAUUACAGCUUGGUUCACAACAAAGAAUUGUCAACAAGGUGUAAGUUAAACUAUUUUGCGUUAAGUGAAGUGAUUGUAGAUUGCUUAAUUUGUUUUUCUAAAAGUUAAGCUUAUUACCCUGAGAGGAACCUACUUUCUAUUCCCUAGUUUAUUGUUUGUUGUGCAAAUAAAUUUAUAAGAGAGUU